AUGGACAGCAAGAACAGAGGAAAUUCUGGGUGUUCCAUUGACGACACACAGAGAGGAGAUGGACGGCGCUUAUGGAAAUUGCCUGAACUUGGACACCGAAGAUGGCGACACACAGAGAGGAGAUGGACGGCGCCGACGGCAUCAGAGACGAAGAUUGACAGCAACGUUGGUGUUGGCUGGAGAGGCUAUAUGGCGGUGGUGAUAAUUGCAGACGGUGGUUGUGCAGUGGCGGGUUUGUUCGCGGCUGUGGCAGGGCUGGUGGUGGUUGGUGUCGAUGGUGGGGCUGGUGGUGUUUCGAGUAGGUGGCGGGGCUGGUGGUGGUUGGGGGAGGAUCUGGUGGUGGUUGUUGGCGGAGCUGUUGAUGGGGCUCACCGGAAUCUGCUGCUCGUCACGCGCGGCCCGUUGCUGGCGGAGGUCAAGAGCUCGCCGGCGAUUCUUGGUGGCUGUGGUUGUAGGUUCAUCGAAGGCCGGCACGGUUGCUGCUCGCGGAGGGAACAGAGGGCUCGCCGGUUGUUGCUGGUUGCCGAGGCGGCGCUCGGAGUUGUAGCGAUUGGCACGGCCAGAUUUCGAGCAUUAGAGGUGGUGAGGGGCGAUCGGAUUUCGACUGGGGGAGAGGAGAUGGUGAGGGUGACGAUCGGUUAUGGCGACGGAAAGAUUUUCCUUGCGUGA